GCUGAGUUUUUGUUUGUCUGUGCCCUGCCCCCAGAGGUGGAGCCUACAGAGGCAGGCAGGCCUCCUUGAGCUGUGGUGGGCUCCACCCAGUUCGAGCUUCCUGGCUGCUUUGUUUACCUAAGCAAGCCUGGGCAAUGGCGGGCGCCCCUCCCCCAGCCUCGUUGCCGCCUUGCAGCUUGAUCUGAGACUGCUGUGCUAGCAAUCAGCGAGACUCCGUGGGCAUAGGACCCUCCGAGCCAGAAACUUUUCAGCAUUACCUAAGAAACAAAGGCUCAAUUUUGGCUGCUUCAUUCUUGUCCCUUCUGCCACAGUUCUAACGUGCUUGAUCUACUGAGACCAAGGAUGACCAAUGACUCAGAAGGGAAAAUGGGAUUUAAACACCCAAAGAUCAUGGGGAAUUUCAGAGGUCAUGCCCUCCCUGGAACCUUCUUUUUUAUUAUUGGUCUUUGGUGGUGUACAAAGAGUAUUCUGAAGUAUAUCUGCAAAAAGCAAAAGCGAACCUGCUACCUUGGUUCCAAAACAUUAUUCUAUCGAUUGGAAAUUUUGGAGGGAAUUACAAUAGUUGGCAUGGCUUUAACUGGCAUGGCUGGGGAGCAGUUUAUUCCUGGAGGGCCCCAUCUGAUGUUAUAUGACUAUAAACAGGGCCACUGGAACCAACUCCUGGGCUGGCAUCAUUUCACCAUGUAUUUCUUCUUUGGGCUGUUGGGUGUGGCAGAUAUCUUAUGUUUCACCAUCAGUUCACUUCCUGUGUCCUUAACCAAGUUAAUGUUGUCAAAUGCCUUAUUUGUGGAGGCUUUUAUCUUCUACAACCACACUCAUGGCCGGGAAAUGCUGGACAUCUUUGUGCACCAGCUGCUGGUUUUGAUCGUCUUUCUGACAGGCCUCGUUGCCUUCCUAGAGUUCCUUGUUCGGAACAAUGUACUUCUGGAGCUAUUGCGGUCAAGUCUCACUCUGCUUCAGGGGAGCUGGUUCUUUCAGAUUGGAUUUGUCCUGUAUCCGCCCAGUGGAGGUCCUGCAUGGGAUCUGAUGGAUCAUGAAAAUAUUUUGUUUCUCACCGUAUGCUUUUGUUGGCAUUAUGCAGUAACCAUUGUCAUCGUUGGAAUGAAUUAUGCUUUCAUCACCUGGUUGGUUAAAUCUAGACUUAAGAGGCUCUGCUCCUCAGAAGUUGGACUUCUGAAAAAUGCUGAACGAGAACAAGAAUCAGAAGAAGAAAUGUGACUUUGAUGAGCUUCCAGUUUUUCUAGAUAAACCUUUUCUUUUUUACAUUGUCUUUGUUCUUGGUUUUGUUUCUUGAUCUUUUGUUUGGAGAACAGCUGGCUAAGGAUGACUCUCAGUGUACUGUUUGCAUUUCCAAUUUGGUUAAAGUAUUUGAAUUUAAAUAUUUUAUUUUUAGCUUUGAAAAAUAUUUUGGGUGAUACUUUCAUUUUGCACAUCAUGCACAUCGUGGUAUUCAGGGCUAGAGUGAUUUUUUUCCAGAUUAUCUAAAGUUGGAUGCCCACACUAUGAAAAAAAUAUUUGUUUUAUUUGCCUUAUAGAUAUGCUCAAGGUUACUGGGCUUGCUACUAUUUGUAACUCCUUGACCAUGGAAUUAUACUUGUUUAUCUUGUUGCUGCAAUGAGAAAUAAAUGAAUGUAUGUAUUUUGGUGCAGA